UAAAGUCAUAUGACCACAUAAGUCACAUGCUCAGUUUUGCUUUAUUUCAACAUGACCAUUCAAGUCUACCGGUUUACAAUGAGUCGAUUGUCUUUAUUUGUUGUCUUUGUUUGUUUGGUGGUUGUCGAGGGACGCUAUAAGGGCUUCCUGAGAUUUAAUGGACGGCAGGAUAUGAGACUUGUGACCGACGAGCAAUGGUUCAUACAGAAACUUGAUCACUUCAAUGGCGCAGACAGCAGAGUCUGGAAGCAAAGGUACUUUGUGAACGACGCCUUCUACAAGCCAGGUGGUCCAGUGUUUCUGAUGAUUGGCGGGGAAGGUCCAGCCAACCCAGCUUGGAUGCAGCAUGGUACCUGGCUGACUUAUGCAGAGAAACUGGGGGCCAUUUGCUUCAUGUUAGAGCAUCGCUUCUACGGAAAGAGCCACCCGACGGUUGACCUAAGCACUGAGAACCUACGGUUCCUCAGUAGCCGUCAAGCUUUGGCGGACCUGGCCCACUUUCGCACCGAGAUGGCUGAAACCCGAGGACUGCUCAACCGGAAGUGGGUGGCGUUCGGCGGGUCGUACCCGGGUUCUUUGGCAGUGUGGUUGAGGUUGAAGUACCCCCAUGUGGUGCAUGCUGCCGUCGCCAGCAGCGCUCCACUGCACGCCACAGUCAACUUCCCAGAGUAUUUAGAGAUUGUGUGGCGUUCGCUGGCCUCAGAGAAUGCAGAGUGUCCUCUGCUGGUACAAAAGGCUUCAGAUAGCUUAGCGGAGCGCCUCAAAGACCCACUGACCUACGACAACAUCACUAAAGACUUCAAUUUGUGUUCCAAACUGAAGAUCGAGACAGAAACAGACUCUGCCUACUUCCUGGAACUGCUGGCUGGCAACUUCAUGGACGUGGUCCAGUAUAAUGAAGACAACAGGGGGUUUGAGGGCGCAACGGGCACCAACAUAACAAUAAAGGUACUGUGUGGGAUGAUGGCAGACACGUCACUCGGAGAUCCGUAUGCCCGAUAUGCUGCUGUGGCCCAUCUGAUGACGGACACCUUCUCGAUGAAAUGUGUGGACGCGAGCUUCAACAACAACCUGAGAGACAUGACUAAUACAUCCUGGGAUGGGCCGGCCGCUUCGGGAGGGAGACAGUGGGUCUACCAGACCUGCUCUGAAUUUGGAUUUUAUCAAAGCACCGAUUCACCCAAUCAACCCUUCACCGGCUUCCCCCUGGAGUAUCACGUGAAACAGUGCAAAGACUUUUAUAAUAUCACCGCCGAGCAACUUGCGGAGGCCGUGGCUGAAACCAAUGAGUAUUACGGUGGCUAUGACAUCCAUUCCACCAGGAUAGUUUUCCCCAACGGCUCCAUUGACCCCUGGCAUGCACUGGGGAUCACUCAGGACAUCACGGACGACCUGCCGGCUGUUUUCAUCAAAGGAACAGCCCACUGUGCCAACAUGUACCCUUCCAGGCCUGAUGACCUCCUCCAGCUCACCCUUGCCCGCCAUCAAGUCCUCCUACACCUCCAACAAUGGUUGAAGCAGUAAAUGCCAGUCAUGUCUGCAUCAAACGUGCUUAUUAAUAAAUCAACCACUGCUUGAAAAUUUCAAUAAAGAUAUUUUUUUGAC